AUGGCAGCCAAAUCUGAAGGCAUCCAAGAAGAAGAAAUGUCAAGUAUGGAAGAGGGUGUUUCUUCCCCCAGCUCUUCCAGAACAUGUUCCAUGUCACAUAACUGUUGUUCUAACGUUGUAACCCUCGCGCAGAAGGUGAUGGCAGAAGUUAUUGGCACAUAUUUUGUGGUAUUUGCGGGUUGUGGCUCUGUGGCAGUGAAUAAGAUCUAUGGCUCAGUCACAUUUCCAGGGGUUUGUGUCACAUGGGGACUGAUUGUAAUGGUCAUGAUUUACUCUCUUCGUCGUAUCUCUGGAGCUCACUUCAAUCCUGCAGUCACCAUUACUUUAGCCAUCUUUCGCCGGUUCUCAUAUAAAGAGGUGCCACUCUACAUUUUUGCUCAGUUGCUGGGGUCGAUCCUUGCUAGUGGCACAUUAGCCCUAAUGUUGGAUGUAACGCCUAAAGCUUACUUUGGAACGGUACCAGUUGGAUCCAAUGGCCAGUCUUUAGUUGCUGAAAUCAUUAUCACUUUUCUCUUGAUGUUUGUUAUAUCUGCCGUUUCUACAGAUGACAGAGCGGUGGGUGACUUUGCAGGUGUUGCAGUUGGGAUGACUAUAAUGUUGAAUGUCUUCAUUGCCGGGCCAGUAUCAGGAGCUUCCAUGAACCCUGCAAGAAGUAUUGGUCCCGCACUUAUCAAACAUGUUUACAAAGGGUUAUGGGUAUACGUAGUUGGUCCCGUUGUUGGAUCCAUUGCUGGAGCACUUGCCUAUUAUUUUCUUAGAUCCAUAGACAAGUCAUCUUCAGAAUAA